CACUGAACCUCGGUGUAAAUAAAUAAACAUGAGCGGAUCCCAGGAGAAUAUGUAGGAUGGAUACGUAGUGUUUAAUAUCAUACUGAUUAAUUAAAGGUAUCGUGCACAAGCAGUGGGCAUACAUACAGCCAUAGUCGAACAUGCCACCCAAAAAGAAAGUUGAAGCGGCAGCAGUCUCCGGGGCAGCUCGCUUCGGCCGAGUGAAGAAUUCUUUGAAGUUCGGUCUGGUGGGACUCCCGAAUGUGGGCAAAUCGUCCCUGUUCAAUCUGCUAACUGCGCAGAAUGCGGAAGCCGCGAACUAUCCCUUCUGCACGAUCGAACCCAAUGAGUCACGGUGUGCCGUGCCUGAUGACCGAUACGACUACCUGUGCAGCAUCUGGAAGCCUCCAUCCGAGUACCCAGCCUACCUGCAGAUCACCGACAUUGCCGGCCUAGUGAAGGGUGCCUCCGAAGGUAAGGGGCUGGGUAAUGCCUUCUUAUCGCAUAUCCAAGCGGUUGAUGGCUACUUCCAUAUUGUGCGUGCGUUUGAAGAUCCAGAUGUCACACAUGUAGACGAUGGAAUCGACCCAAUCCGUGAUGCCGAGACCAUUCAACAUGAGCUGUGUCUCAAGGAUCUGGAUGCGCUGUCUAAGGCCUACAAGGCAGAGGAAGUGGAUGUCAAGAAGACUCAGGGCAGCAAGCUGUCACAGUUGUUCAUUGACACCAUGGAGAAGGUUAAGGUGAUGCUUGAAAAGGAUAUCCCAGUCAGAGACGGUGAGUGGUCGUCGCCUGAGGUGGAUAUGAUCAAGCGUAAGCUGCACACACUCAUCACCACAAAGCCAUGCAUUUACUUGGUCAACCUGAGUGCCAAGGAUUACAUUCGCAAGAAGAACAAAUGGCUGGUCAAGCUACACCAGUGGAUCCAGGCGCACGGGGGAGGUCAGAUGAUUCCGUUCAGCGUAGAAUACGAACAAGAGCUUUGGGAUCUGCGUGACGAUGCGACAGCACUGGCCGAACAGGAGAAGGUCGCCAAGUCAGUGCUGCCCAAGGCCAUAGUAAACGCCUACCACGAGCUCAACCUGAUCCAUUUUUUCACAGCAGGUGAGAAAGAGGUGCGCUGCUGGACCGUGUACGGGGGUGCUGCUGCCCCUGCGGCUGCUGGUGUUAUCCACACCGACUUUGAACGCGGCUUCAUCAAAGCGGAGGUUGUGAGCUUCGAGGAUUUCAAAGAGCUCAACACCGGCAAGGGCAUGGUGGCUAUCAAAGAGGCAGGCAAGUACAAGCAAGAAGGCAAGCAGUACAUUGUGCAGGACGGCGACAUCAUCCAUUUCCAAUUCAACGUAACCACCCAGAAGAAGAAAUAAAGAACGGAACCACCCACAAGAAGAAAUAAAGAACCGUCUGUAGGGUGGGUGCAUUGAUACACACGCACCCGUGCGGUUGUACGUCUGGUCAGACUGAGUGAUUAUCUACCAGCGGAUGCUAGUCAAUGACUUCAUACGACUGGUAUUUCUAAUAGUCUUAUGCGAGUACUACGCGUUGUAGAUGUAGGUGUAGGUGUAGGUGCACCUCGCUACUUAAAAGUACUUGUACGGAACUACCGAUGUAUGUGCAGCCCUGCUCAUCACGGAACAGUUUGAAGGUAUCAUCAAUUGGGGAUGUGGUGUGUUUGGCUAUGCCCGAUAUGUCUCUAGAAUACAUGUAGGAGGUGUUGCUAUGUUAUAGUGCUGGGGCGCUCUUACUGUCUUAUCGGAUGUGUUACUAUGGCAACAGUGCAUCUAUUCCUCACGCAGCUUGCUGUGCAAAUGAGCCGCCGAAGGUGUGUGGUGCAACUAUGGUGCAAUGUACGGUCAUCCUUAUACCUCUCGCAAUGGAACACAAGUCUGGUAGCCUUGUCGCAUGCACUGUGCACGGACCCGAUAGUAUCAGGACAUCUUGGUAGUGGGGUUUUCAUCGCUCAUGGGAGUACUAACAGAGUUUUUCCGGGUGUGUAAAACCCCGCUGCACCACAUUCCGUUUGCAGACAGUGACCGCCUAUCAGCCUCCUUGCUUGCGGCAUGCAUAACGAGCACGUGUGGACCAAUAAAUCAGACGCUA